AGCUCCUCAAGCCUCUUCUGCAUUGCAGUUUACAUCUCACCAAUUAGUAGGCUGGUGUAAGCGAGCGGCGAUCAUGGCGACGGCGGCGAGGUUGCUCCUCCUGAUCACGGUGGUGGCCAGCGUCUGCUUCUGCAGCUCCCGCGGCGAGGAGGUGAUCGUGGGCCUCGGCGACGAGCUGGCGACGGCGCCGCCGGGCGGCGGCGCGCCGUUCUGCGGCAGCCUGAGGCUGGCCGUGGAGGCGCGGAACAUCGUCGGGUGGAAGACGGUGCCGCCGCAGUGCGCGGAGUACGUCGCCGACUACGUGACCGGCGAGCGGUACCAGCGCGACUCCGACGUGGUGAUCAACGAGGCCAUCGCCUACGCCGAGAGCCUCAAGCUCUCCGGCAGCGGCAAGGAGAUCUGGAUCUUCGACGUCGACGAGACCGCCCUCUCUACCCUGCCCUACCAAGCCAACCAUGGCUACGGAGUUCAGCCGUUCGACAACCCGAGCUUCCAGCAGUACGUCGCACAAGGAAGCGCGCCGGCGCUGCAGCCGACGCUGCGGCUGUACCGGCGGCUGCUCCAGCUCGGCGUCAAGCCGGUGUUCCUCACCGACCGCACCGAGGACCAGAGGGCCGUCACCACCAGCAACCUCCUCCAGCAGGGCUACUGCAACUGGGAGAAGCUCGUGCUCCAGCCGGUGGGGCUCCAGGCCUCGACGCUGGCGUUCAAGUCCGGCGAGCGGCGGAUGCUGGUGGACGCCGGCUAUGUCAUCGUCGGCAACAUCGGCGACCAGUGGAACGACAUCCGCGGAUCGCCGGCGUGCGGCCGCACCUUCAAGUUCCCGAACCCCAUGUACUACGUCGACUAAACUCUCGGCGGCGCCGCCGCCGGUGAAGUUCACAAACAUGGAUCUCUGUAGUUCAUGUGUACGUACUGUUUCGUUUAUUCUCCUUGUGUUUGGUGAAGUGUUUCUUGUAGUAGUUUAAUCUUAUUCGAUACAGAUGCUUGUUUAUUCGGUGAGGUCGAUGCGAUUUAAGUUUGUAAUAACGCUUGUUUGGCAGUUGGAGAUUGAUUGAUCAA